AUGGCUACCACAGCGCAUCCGUACCGUCAGAAUUUGGCGACUACACCUCAGGCUAACUAUAGCGUGGAAAACGUGGGAGAAAGGGCAAGAAUCUCGAGCAAAUCCAGCAAUGAGGGGUUGGAGAAUGUCAAGGUAGACCAGGAGUAUGAGAGAUACGACUUAGGGGCUCCAUUGGACCCGCCUCAAGCUGUUCAGCAGCAUCGGAAAGCUGUUUCGUCGCCAGUGACCUCUACUAUAGGAACACCGGUUUCCUCACAGUUCAACCUACAAGACUCCCAUACCAGUCUUUCCGAGCUACGCGUCACCUCUGAUGGAGCUACGCCCAGAAAUUCGCGCAGAAAUACCAAGUCAUUGGACCUCUCGCAUUUGUUUCUGCUGGGCGACAAAGAUACCCAAUUUACAGCGACUAAUGAGAGCGUGGCAGACCUCUCGCACCAGAUGAUCUCGGAAUAUCUGGGCGAGGCCAACAAUUCUUCGCUGGUGCCCCGUUUGAAGACCAUCGAGAUGUACAAGCAGAACGUCAAGAAGUCCAAGGAUCCAAAUGUGUUGUUCCAGUAUGCCCAGUACAUGUUGCAAACAGCGCUCACUAUAGAUACAGCAGGCAUGAGCGGGUCUUCGGUCUCAUUGGGCAAAGACGGUAAAUCAGAUCCGCAUGCUGAUAUGCGCCGGCAAUUCUUGAAAGAAGCGCAGACCUACCUGAAAAAACUCAGUGUGAAGGGCUACGCAGACGCACAAUAUCUCUUGGGAGACGCAUACUCGUCCGGUGCUUUUGGCAAAGUCAACAACAAGGACGCUUUCGUGUUGUUCCAGUCGGCCGCCAAACAUGGCCAUGUGGAAAGUGCUUUCAGAACGGCAUUCUGUUUUGAAGAAGGGUUGGGUACAACCCGCGAUUCGCGUAAAGCGGUUGAAUUUCUCAAAUUCGCUGCCAGCAGAAAUCAUCCUUCUGCAAUGUUCAAACUAGGUCUAUUUUCGUUCCAUGGACGCAUGGGCCUGUCUCAUGACAUCAGCACAAAGCAAAAUGGUAUCAAAUGGCUCUCUAGGGCCGCAGCGCGUGCGAAUGAGCUGACCAACGCUGCUCCUUACGAAUUGGCCAAAAUAUACAAAGAUGGGUUUUUGGAUAUUAUCAUACCGGAUGUGAAGUAUGCGAUGGAGCUGUACAUCCAAGCCGCUUCUCUCAAGCAUGCUCAAUCUUCUACUGCAUUGGGGAAGAUCUACGAAUCGGGUAACGAGGUGGUGCCUCCUGACACCAGUUUGAGUGUCCAUUAUUAUACGCAAGCCGCACUUCUGGGCGAGCCGCAUGCUAUGCUUGGGCUUUGCGCCUGGUACUUGAUGGGAGCCGAACCAGUUCUUGAGAAAGAUGAGCGAGAGGCUUAUCAAUGGGCUUUAAAAGCUGCUAAAAUAGGGUUGCCAAAGGCCCAGUUUACGGUGGGAUAUUUUCAUGAAAAGGGUAAAGGAUGCGAGGCUGAUCCUUUAAAAGCCCAGCAUUGGUACGAGCUUGCGGCCAAGGGAGGCGACGAAAGAGCCGCCAAUAAAGUGGGCGGAAGGGACGCUGUUCACCCCAGAAGGCAGAAGAGCUCCACCACGCUUAAUCUAUUUUCAUCGGUUUCCACUUCCAAUCUCUUAGAGACGACGAAUGGAAAAACUUCGCCAAAAGCUGUGAACUCUGAUACUUCCAACCAACCCCCGGUGCUGGCGCCUCUGGAUGCGAGUGGUCUCAGUAAGAAAAUCCCUGGCCCCGAAAACGGGGCUGCUUUCGAUUUGACCGAUGACGUGGUACCGAAACCUAAAAGUACCCGUCUGUCGCAAGAACCCACCAAAAAAGACAAGAAAUCUCAAGUUAAAAAGAAGGGCAAGAAAUGCGUCAUUAUGUAG